AUGUCCGAAAAGGAAGUAGUCGACACCCAACCCACCCCAAAGGCUCCCAUUGGAACCAGACUACAGAACAAGGCUCGUCACAUCGUCACCAAAGUCACUACUCGUGAUGGAUGGGUCGGAGACUACGACUUUGGAUGGCUAUGCCUUCCAACACUUCCCUAUGGCAAAGGCGGCAGUCGAAAGCUUCCCCCCUUCUACGGUCUCGGGGAUGACAUUCCCCUCCUUUUGGCCAUUAUUUGCGGAUUUCAGCACGCCCUGGCCAUGUUGGCAGGACUUAUCACUCCACCAAUUAUCUUUUCAAGCGCCCUCUCCCUUGAUCCCUCCACGUCGUCUUAUUUGAUUUCCUCGAGCUUAAUUGGAUGUGGUAUUCUCAGCGCCAUCCAGAUGGCUCGAAUUCCUCUCUGGGGCCGAUACUAUUGGGGUACUGGUCUGUUGACGGUCGUCGGCAUCUCCUUUGCCACCCUCUCUACGGGGUUCGCCAUCUUCGCCGCUCUUUACGCCGAUGGAACCUGCCCUUCAACCACCAACCCGGACGGCACAAUCACACGUGGACCUUGCCCCGAUGCCUAUGGCAUGCUCCUCGGCACUUCGAUGCUCUGCUCGCUGCUCAAUAUGGCUUUGUCGUUUGCACCUGCGAAGACCCUGAAGCGUAUCUUCCCCCCGGUCGUUACCGGUACUGUCAUCGUCAUGAUUGGUGCCUCGCUCAUCGGUGAAUCCGGUGUGCUCAACUGGGGCGGUGGAUCGAACAAUUGCCACAACCGUCCUGCGGAUGGCAUUUUCCGCCUCUGCCCUACCAUCUUCGCACCAAGGGCUGCACUCUGGGGAUCUCCACAGUUUAUUGGUCUCGGGUUCUUGUCGUUCGUGACUAUCCUUCUCGUUGAGCUCUUCGGUUCCCCUUUCCUCAAGAAUGCCUCGAUCAUCGUUGGUCUCGUAGUUGGAUGCAUCGUCGCUGGUGCCACUGGAUAUAUCGAUGGCUCGCCAAUCAGGACCUCCCCGGCCAUUACCUUCAUCUGGGUGCAUACAUUCAAGCUCCGCAUCCACCCACCGGCCAUCCUGCCUAUGCUUGCAGUCUACAUUUCGCUCGCUAUGGAGGCUAUCGGUGAUAUCACUGCAUCAGCAGAAGUUUCUCGAGUCGCCGUCGAGGGGUAUGAAUUCGAUACUCGCAUUCAGGGAGGUGUUUUGGGAGACGGAAUUGGUGGUCUUCUCAGCGGCUUGAUGACGAACCCUCCCCUGUCCAUCUUUGCUCAAAACAAUGGAGUUAUUGCCAUUACGCGCUGUGCCAAUAGGAAGGCCGGAUGGUGGUGCUGUGCAUUCCUCAUCUUCUUUGGUAUUCUCGGCAAAGUAUCUGGCGUGUUCCUUUCCAUUCCGAAUCCUGUCCUCGGAGGAGUGACGACCUUCCUGUUCGCCACUGUCAUGACCUCUGGCAUUCGUGUGCUCUCAUACAUCAACUGGUCUCGCCGAAACCGGUUUAUUCUCGCUGCCGCCAUGUCGUUUGGUAUUGGCAACUUGCUCGCACCUAGCUGGUACGAGCAUCUGUUCGAUUCCGUUGAAGAUACCGCCAGCCCUGGUCUCCGCGGUCUCUUCGACUCGAUCACCAUCAUCCUUAGCACCCCUUUCCUCUCGGCUGGUAUCAUUGCGGUCCUUCUCAACGUUAUUCUCCCAGAUAACGAAAUCGUUCCCAAAGAUCAACCUCCCGUAGUUCACGAUGAGGAUCACGACGUCGAGGCGCAACCAAUCACUCAUGCCACUGCCGAAGAUGCCGAGUCCGUAUCGAGCAAGAACGAAAAGAAGUGA